ACUAAUACAUCCUCUGUAUAAAUAUAUUCACACACGACCUACACAUUAUAUAAUCCAAACUCGCAUAAAUAAACAAGCAAAACAAAAGAAUGGACAAGUUACACGUAAUCUCUCUGCUACUACUGAUCUCAGCAUCAGUUACAACUUCACAACCCGUGACCGAUCCAAUAGCUUUCCUUCGAUGUCUUGAUCGACAACCAGCGGACACAGCAAGUCCCAACUCCGCAGUCGCUUUCAUACCAACGAACUCAACUUUCACCGCCGUCCUACGUCGCCGCAUACCUAACCUCCGUUUCGACAAACCCACCACUCCAAAACCCAUCUCCGUCGUUGCUGCGGCCACGUGGACACACAUACAAGCUGCUCUAGGAUGUGCACGUGAGCUCUCUCUCCAAGUCAGGAUACGAAGCGGUGGCCACGACUUCGAAGGACUAUCUUACAUUUCCACCGUGCCUUUCUUCGUCCUGGACAUGUUCAGUUUCAAAUCCGUGGACGUGAAUCUAACCGAGAGAACGGCUUCGGUUGAUUCGGGGGCUACCAUUGGAGAGCUUUAUUACAGAAUCGCUCAGAAGAGCAACGUUCUUGGGUUUCCGGCGGGUUUGAGCUCGACAUUGGGCGUUGGUGGACAUUUUAGCGGCGGAGGGUACGGUAACAUGAUGAGAAAGUACGGUUUGUCGGUGGAUAACGUUGUCGGCUCCGGGAUAGUUGAUUCUAACGGGAAUAUAUUCACGGAUCGGGUUUCGAUGGGUGAAGACCGUUUCUGGGCGAUUCGAGGAGGUGGGGCUGCAAGUUUUGGUGUUGUGCUCGGCUACAAGAUCCAGCUAGUACCGGUGCCGGCGAAAGUGACCGUCUUUAAAGUCCGAAAGACCACCAGAGAAGGAGCCGUUGAUCUUAUAAUGAAGUGGCAAAGUUUUGCUCAUAGUACGGAUCGGAAUUUGUUUGUUAGGCUGACGUUGACUUUGGUCAACGGUACAAAGCCUGGUGAAAAGAUGGUUUUAGCUACGUUUACUGGGAUGUAUUUAGGAGGUUCGGAUAAGCUGUUGAGCUUGAUGAACCGGGGCUUCCCGGAAUUAAAGCUGAAGAAAACCGACUGUACCGAGAUGAGAUGGAUCGACUCGGUUCUUUAUUGGGCUGAUUAUCCCAUUGGUACACCGAGUUCGGUGCUACUAAACGCGACGGUCGACAAGAAAUUGUUCAUGAAACGGAAAUCGGACUACGUAAAGAGACCGAUUUCGAGAGCCGGUCUUGGUUUGAUACUUAAGAAGUUGGUAGAGGUUGAGAAAGUUGAAAUGAAUUGGAAUCCGUACGGAGGAAGGAUGGGGGAGAUCCCGAGUUCGAGGACACCUUUCCCACAUAGAGCUGGGAAUUUAUUCAACAUUGAGUACCUCAUAGAUUGGUCGGAGGCUGGAGAGAACGUGGAGAGGAAAUAUUUGGCACUUGCGAAUGAGAUGUAUAGGUUCAUGACCCCGUACGUGUCUAGUAACCCGAGGGAGGCGUAUUUGAAUUACCGUGAUCUUGACAUAGGGUCAAGUAUUAGUUCCACGUACCAAGAAGGUAAAAUCUAUGGGGUUAAAUAUUUCAAAAACAAUUUCGAGAGGUUGGUGGAUGUGAAAACUACGAUCGAUGCGGAAAACUUUUGGAAAAACGAACAAAGCAUUCCGGUUCGAAGAUAAUCAAAUACCACACGAUUUGUUGUGAGCUGUGAAAAUGUGAUCUUGUGAUAUGAAUCAAGACUUAGCAAGAGAAAAAAAAAAUGUAUUAAACUUAUUUGUUCAAUAUAUAUUGUUAUUGAGUGCA